UCUUUUUCUUUUUUCCCUCAACUUGAUUGCAGAUUGAAAGGAACACAUCAUGGACACUGUCCCGGACAUCUUGAAAGUGUCCAUUCUCGGACGAGAGUCCAUUCACUGCGGUUUCCACUUGAUCCCAUACAUUGCACGUACAGUGCUCACCACACUUCCUGCAUCUGUCUAUGUUCUCGUAACAGACACAAAUGUAGCCCAGUUCUACCUCUCUGCCUUCGAAAAAGCUUUCAGUGCAGAGAUCAACAAGCUUUCUUCCGCCAAACCGCGUUUCCUCUCCCGUAUUAUCUUACCUGGAGAGACGACAAAGUCUCGUGAAGGAAAGGCCGAUAUCGAAGACUUUCUCCUUCUCGAGCGCUGCACUCGUGACACCGUCAUCCUCGCUCUUGGUGGAGGUGUCAUUGGUGAUCUUGUUGGUUUUGUUGCUGCGACCUUCAUGCGUGGUGUACGAUUUGUUCAGAUCCCUACUACGCUUCUUGCAAUGGUGGAUUCCUCCGUGGGCGGAAAAACUGCCAUCGACACCCCUGCUGGCAAGAACCUCAUCGGCGCGUUCUGGCAGCCAGAAUACAUAUUCAUUGACGCUGCAUUCCUCGAGACCCUUCCUGAACGCGAGUUCAGCAAUGGUAUGGCUGAGGUUGUCAAGACCGCAGCGAUAUGGGAUGAAACCGAAUUUAAUUCCCUCGAAAACAACGCUCAAUUAAUCUACAAUGCUAUUCGCACGCCUUCCACAGGCUCUGCAGGUCGUCACAUUAGCACGCGCUCUACCUCUCAAUCUCUCCUCCUCUCCGUCAUCCGAGGUAGUAUCUACGUCAAAUCCCACAUCGUCACCAUCGAUGAACGCGAGACCGGACUCCGUAACCUUGUUAACUUCGGACACACCAUUGGCCAUGCCAUUGAAGCCGUUCUGACGCCACACAUGCUUCACGGAGAAUGCGUCAGUAUCGGUAUGAUGUUUGAGGCGGAAGUCGCUCGGGGAAUGGGCGUAUUGAAGCAGGUGGCCGUCGGAAGACUCGUGAGGUGUCUGAGAGCAUAUGGGUUGCCCGUAAGCUUGGCAGAUCAGAGAGUAAUCAGAUGUCCUGGUGCUCGCGACCUUAGUGUCGACAGGCUCCUAGAUAUCAUGCGCGUCGAUAAGAAAAACUCCGGCCCACAGAAAAAAGUGGUCAUUCUCUCCCGUAUUGGAGCCACAUACGAGCAGAAAGCGACAGCCGUUGACGAUGCAGUCAUUGCCAAAGUCCUUUCGGAGGCUGUUACGGUCAAGGUUGAUCUCAGUGCUACUUCGCUGGGAACACAACAUGUCAAGAUGGCGACGCCGGGCAGCAAGAGUAUCUCUAAUCGUGCUUUAGUGCUGGCUGCGCUUGCGCAGGGCACGUGCAGAUUGAAGAACUUGUUGCAUUCGGAUGAUACACAAGUGAUGAUGGCGGCAUUGCAAGAGCUCAAGGGCGCUUCCUUCACGUGGGAAGAUGGGGGUGAAACGCUGGUAGUCACAGGCGGCGCAGGAGCUCUUCAAGUCCCCACAGCAGGACACGAAAUUUACCUUGGGAAUGCAGGCACCGCUGCACGCUUCCUCACCACUGUCUGCACGCUCGUGUCUCCCUCCGCCGCUGCCAAUUCCGGGACCAUCACUGUCAUCACAGGCAAUGCUCGCAUGAAACAGCGGCCUAUUGGCCCUCUUGUAGAUGCCCUACGCGCCAACGGAUCUGAAAUUGCCUACAACGAAUCCGAGGGCUGCCUGCCACUAAGCAUCGCGCCCAAAGGACUCCAAGGCGGCGUGAUCCGUCUCGCAGCAAGCGUGUCGAGCCAGUACGUCAGCAGCAUCCUUCUCUGCGCGCCGUAUGCAAGGGAGGCGGUGACUCUCGAACUCGUGGGUGGCGCUGUUAUCUCACAGCCAUACAUCGACAUGACAAUCGCGAUGAUGCGCACAUUCGGAGUGAUUGUCACGCGCGACCCAGGAACCGACGUCUACCGAAUUCCUCAGGGCACAUACGUGAACCCCGCCCAAUACGCGAUUGAAAGCGACGCGAGUAGCGCGACGUACCCGCUUGCUAUUGCUGCCAUUACGGGGACAACAUGCACGCUCGAGAACAUCGGAAGCGCAAGUUUACAGGGUGAUGCUCGUUUCGCCGUAGACGUCCUUGCACGCAUGGGGUGCGAUGUGGUGCAGACUGCAAAUGAGACGACCGUCACUGGUCCGAAGAGGGGCGAGCUGAAAGCGAUUGGAGAGGUGGAUAUGGAGCCGAUGACGGAUGCGUUUUUGACAGCGUGUGCCCUUGCUGCCGUUGCGCAGGGCGGGGAGGGGAAUACGACAAGGAUCGUUGGGAUUGCAAACCAGAGAGUGAAGGAGUGUAAUCGUAUCAAGGCAAUGAUUGAUCAAUUGGCCAAAUUCGGCGUGCAGACCAAAGAACUGGAUGAUGGACUCGAGGUGUACGGUCGCCCAUUCAACACCCUCACCCGUGGCGCGAGCAUACACUGCUAUGACGACCACCGUGUCGCGAUGGCGUUCAGCGUCUUAAGUACCAUCGUACCCGACACAAUCAUCGAGGAGAAACGUUGCGUCGAAAAGACAUGGCCCAACUGGUGGGAUGAUUUGGAGAACAAGAUAGGCAUCAAAGUUGGGGGCAUCGAGCUCCCGCAUGCUGAGAGCUCCACCGCUGCUACUUCUGGGACACCCUCCCCUGCAGCCUCUGCAUCCGUGAUCCUCAUUGGCAUGCGCGGUUCAGGCAAGACACACGUCGGAACACUCGCGAGCGCUGCUCUCUCUCGCCCAUUCAUUGAUGCAGACCAUUUCUUCGAAGCCAAACACAACAUUGGCGUACGCGAGUUCGUACAUGCCAACGGGUGGCCUGCAUUCCGUGCUGCAGAGGCGGAAAACUUGAAGCAGAUCAUACAGGAGGCUGGAACAGGACACGUGAUCAGCAUGGGCGGUGGGAUUGUGGAGACUCCUGAAGCCAGGGAUAUUUUGAAGAACUAUGGAAAGACGGGCCCGGUCGUGCAUGUCCUGAGGGACAUCGAGGAGAUUGUGAGCUACCUUGGCGAUGAAAACGCACGUCCUGCGUACGGCGAGCCGAUUACCGAGGUAUUCAAACGUCGGGAACCAUGGUUUAUUGAAUGUGCCAAUUACGAUUUCAUCAACCAUAUAACCGCUGACGGCGGCGAGGCAACCAACGCAGAGAUCUCUCGUUUCUUCAAGCACAUCACAGGCCAGCCGAACCUCGCGGGGAAUGUUGCUGCUGGGAAGCGUAGCUACUUCUUGUCGCUCACAUAUCCUGAUGUGGUACCCGCUUUGCGCCACAUGCCAGACCUCACAACGGGCGUUGAUGCUGUAGAGUUGCGUGUAGAUCUACUGCGCGCCCCUGACACACUAGGCUCCAUCCCUUCUCAGGCUUACGUUUCCGCACAGGUCGCUUCACUACGCCGGGCGACAAGUCUCCCAAUCAUAUUCACCGUGCGCACGAUAGGCCAGGGCGGCGCGUUCCCGGAUAACUCGGAGAAAGACGCGUUCGAGCUCCUUGGGCUUGCGUUGCGACUUGGAGUGGAGUAUGUUGAUGUGGAGAUCUCUGCAUCUGAGAAGCUCAUUACAGAACUCGCCGCUCGCAAGGGAUUCUCCCAAAUCAUCGCAUCGUGGCACGACUGGAGUGGAAAGAUGAAGUGGAACGAAGAUGUCGUGAGAAGCAAGUACACGCUUGCGAGCCGACUCGGAGACAUUGUGAAGAUCGUCGGAAAGGCGGAUACUUUGCAGGACAACUUUGCGUUGCAUGAUUUCGUUGCGAGGGCUAACCUGCAGCGGGGCGCAAAACCGAUCAUUGCGAUCAACAUGGGCGUGGAGGGUCAGAUGUCACGUAUACUGAAUGCGACUUUGAGCCCCGUGACGCACCCUCUUCUUCCCUCGAAGGCAGCACCUGGUCAGCUUUCCUUUGCGCAGAUCCAGAAGGCGCUGAACCUGCUGGGUCAGCUUCCUGCGAGACGCCACUUCUUGUUCGGAAAUCCCAUAGCUCAUUCCAUGUCCCCGACUCUUCACAACACUGGAUUUGAGGUCCUGGGGCUUCCCCACACUUAUGAGCUUCUCGAGACAGUCAAUGUUGGUGAGGAAAUCAAAGCCACCUUGGCUGCUCCUGACUUUGGAGGCGCCUCUGUUACCAUUCCCUUCAAACUCGACGUCAUACCCCUUCUUGACAAGCUUUCGCCAGCCGCUGAAGCUAUCGGGGCUGUGAACACCAUUAUACCCGCCAUCGAAGGAGGAAACCGCAUCCUCCGCGGUGACAACACCGACUGGCUCGGCAUUCGUGAAUCCAUUCGCUCUCGUGCGCCAUCCAUCGGCGCGCCUACUGCCGCCCUCGUUAUCGGCGCAGGAGGGACUGCCAGAGCCGCCAUUUUUGCGCUUCAGUCCUUGGGGGCUCAACGCAUCUACCUGUUCAACCGAACUGCAAGCAAGGCGCAAGUGCUCGUCGAAGCGUUCCCUGACGCCCCCGUCAAGCUGAUCGAGACGCUUGAUGUCUGGCCUGCUGAGGGACCUGCACCAACUGUCAUCGUAUCCACCGUCCCAGCAAGUGCGACAACUACCGACAGCACUAACCCAGGUGCCGUACUCCUUCCGCUGGCGUUGUUUGACGCGACCGUGAACGGCGUGGUCGUGGACAUGGCAUACAAACCCGCAGAGACACCUCUUCUCACGCUCGCGAAGAGUGCAGCUCCCAAUUGGGCGAGGGUUAUGGGGGUUGAGGUGCUUCUGGAACAGGGUUAUGCGCAAUUUGAAACUUGGACGGGACAGAGAUGUCCGAAGCAUGUCGUGUCGAAAACUGUGUUGGAGAAAUAUUUUGCAGCUGCCUAGGUGGAUCUAUGUCUGGAUUUGGAUGUUAAAAGGUUGUUGAUUAGCUUGGUAUCAAUACAUGUAUGUUGUACGAUCUAGAUGGCUAUUGAUGCACUUUAUUUCAAAGUUCCGGACUCUCUACUACACAGGAG